AUGGCAGAUGUCAAAUCGAAGCCGUUUUCCGACGAGAAGCGAUGGGUCGUGAUCUAUCCUACCUAUAUUAACAGCAAAAGGACAACGGUACAAGGUCGAAAAAUCCCCAAACAAUUGGCAGUUGAAAACCCAACAUCUACUGAAAUUCGCGAUGUUUUAGCGGCCACUGGAUUGAACCCGGUUUUAGAACGCGGUAAACUCCAUCCAAGAGAGCAAGAUCGAGAGCCUGAAAAUCGCGGUCGAGUUCGAGUCCAGUUAAAAAACGAUGAUGGAACUGCAUUUAACAAAGAUUACCCGACUAGGGCGGCAUUGCUAAAAUACGUAGCCAGCAUGAUUCCUAAGCUGAAAACACGACAACCAGGGUAUGUGGCCACAGCUGCUGGUGCAGGUUCUUCCACCGCUAAAAAGAUUAAGAAGAAGAAAUAG